GACACAGAGAACCAAACUAUUUCCAACUAGAUUGGCAAGAAGCAAGAUUAUAUCAAAUCUAAUCCCUAAAAUGGAAGAAGCCAAAAGCCAAAGUUUGGAGGAAGAUUUUGAAGGACAGGCCACACAUACAGGACCCAAAGGAGUAAUAAAUGAUUGGAGAAAGUUUAAAUUAGAGGGUGAAGAGGGUGAUUCGGUCCCAUCUAGCAAGAAGGAGAUUCUUAGACAAAUGUCUUCUCCUCAGAGUGGAGACGACAAACACUCAAAAGAAAGAUUCAGCAGAAAGAUGAGCAUUCAAGAAUAUGAACUAAUCCACCAGGAAAAAGAAGACGAAAACUGCCUCCGUAAAUACCGUAGACAGUGUAUGCAGGACAUGCACCAGAAGCUGAGUUUCGGGCCCAGGUAUGGGUUUGUGUAUGAGCUGGACACUGGGGAGCAAUUCCUGGAAACCAUCGAAAAGGAGCAGAAAAUCACCACAAUCAUUGUUCACAUUUAUGAAGACGGCAUUAAGGGCUGCGAGGCUCUAAACAGCAGCUUACCAUGCCUCGCCAGCGAAUACCCUACCGUCAAGUUUUGCAAAAUAAAAGCUUCUAAUACAGGGGCUGGGGAUCGCUUUUCCUCAGAUGUGCUCCCCACACUGCUUGUCUACAAAGGUGGGGAACUCAUAAGCAAUUUUAUCAGUGUUGCUGAACAGUUGGCUGAAGAAUUUUUUGCUGGGGAUGUGGAGUCUUUCCUAAAUGAAUACGGGUUACUGCCUGAGAUAUAUGCCGUAGAGCAGAGCGACAUGGAAGAAGAUAUUGAACAAAGAUUCACUGUGUCAAUAGCUCAUAUUUCUCUUUUAAACGUUAAACACUAAUUUGGUAGUACCCAUAUUCCUUUAGGGAAUACCAAGUAUGGGCAUGGCUAUUUCCAUUUGGGAAAAAAAAAAGAUUGACACUAAAGUUAUGUGAGUAGCCUUUCUUAGUAUCAGUUACUCAAAUUGAUAUAAUGCUUUACUACAAAAUAUGGUAGUCCUCAGCAACAUGUUAGUAGGCAAAGAGGAUAUGGAUAAUAUAGUGACAGUUUUCAAAAAUCCCUUUCAAGUUAUGUGUUGGCUUUUUUACUCCUUGUUUUUUUCUGCAAUGUUAUUAUUUGGGCUUUUCAAAAUACAUUAUUAAUUAUAAUUUUGCC